AAUGCCACACCAAUUAGCUCAUCUCCCUCUCCACACACUUCCUUUCUCUAACCAAUUACCAUGGCUAGCUCUUUGUUCAUGGCUUCCUCGCUCAAAAUUUUCAGUCUAGUCAUGGUAUUGGGAAGUUUUAGUACUCAGGCUGAGGCUCGGGCAUUUUUUGUGUUCGGCGACUCGCUUGUGGACAACGGCAACAACAAUUACCUCGCCACCACUGCCCGAGCAGACGCCCCUCCUUACGGCAUUGACUAUGCUCCUACUCAUCGCCCCACUGGCCGUUUCUCUAAUGGCUACAAUAUUCCUGACUUUAUCAGUCAGGCAAUUGGCUCAGAACCAACAUUGCCAUACUUGAGUCCACAGCUCACUGGACAGAGGAUACUCAACGGUGCCAACUUUGCAUCUGCUGGCAUUGGGAUUCUCAACGACACCGGCGUACAGUUUAUAAAUAUAAUCAGAAUGUACAGACAAUAUCAGUACUUCCAGCAAUACCAGCAAAGAGUGGCUGCACUUAUUGGAUCAGCUCGGGCUAAGCAACUUGUGAACCAAGCACUUGUUCUCAUCACUGUUGGUGGCAACGACUUUGUUAACAACUACUACUUGGUGCCUUAUUCCGCAAGAUCCCGCCAAUAUGAGUUACCUGACUAUGUCAAGUUUCUCAUCUCUGAAUACCGAAAACUUCUCCUGCAACUGUAUGACCUCGGAGCGCGAAGGGUUUUGGUGACGGGAACGGGGCCGUUGGGCUGUGUUCCGGCGGAAUUGGCCUUGAGAGGAGGGGCUAAUGGGCAGUGCUCAACCGAGCUCCAACGAGCUGCUAACUUGUUCAACCCGCAGCUCAUUCAGAUGAUUAAAGGACUCAACCAACAACUUGGUUCCGACAUCUUUGUUGCCGUCAAUACACAGCAAACGCACUAUGAUUUCAUCAGUCACCCUGGAGCAUUUGGAUUUACAACAUCAAAGAUAGCUUGCUGUGGACAAGGACCAUAUAAUGGAUUGGGGCUGUGCACGGUGGCAUCUAAUCUGUGUCCAAACAGAGACGUUUAUGCAUUUUGGGACGCUUUUCAUCCAUCAGAGAGGGCUAAUAGGAUGAUUGUUCAGCAAAUAAAUACAGGCUCUGAAAAGUACAUGUACCCCAUGAAUCUCAGCACUAUCAUGGCCUUAGAUUCCAGGAUUUGAUCAUAUUAUAUAUAUAUAUAUAUCACUACUCUGGAGGAUUUCCGCUAGAAAUUGUUAUAAGUGCAUGGCUUUAGGAGUAACGUGUGGCAUGCACAUUGAUUAAUUACAUAUAUAAAUUCACAUAUAUAUAUAUAUAUGUCAAAUGUCAAAAUGUU